AUGGCCUCAGAAAAAGCGCAUCAUCCAUGGUCCCGUCCCGACCAGGUAGACGAGGAAACAUCUCACUCUGGUAAUUCCUCAAUAUCGGAAGCCAAAUCCACCGAUGAAGAACCUCCCGCAUACACGGGCAUGUUUGAGACUGGCGAAAGCUCAAAUACACCACCACUAUCGUCAACACAGCAACAACCCAAAAGAACAGUGGCCAUCCCAGCAGUUGACUCAUCCUUCAACUCCCCGUUCAUCCGCGCCUAUGCUCCAAUCUUGAAAGACUACAAUCUUCCCCAGGAAGUCUUUCUGAGCUUUCUUGACAGAUUGAAUAAAGCUAUCGCAAACAGUCCGCCAUUGCAGGUCCUUGAUGCCACAGGCGGCCUUUUGAGCUCCGUCCCCAUUCUCUUCCCCCUGCACUGGAUUGGAUCCGCAGUUAGCGGAAUUGCCAACUUGGGCAACCUAGGUGUUUCCAAGAGCCGUACGGAUACUUUCUUAAGAGACUCAAAUCGGGACAUUUUUGGCCCGCGCGGGCUCAAAAUUGAGAUUGCCAAGCUGGAUGCGCUUGCACAUAUUGCUAAAAUUCCUAUUCUUGAUUCCAGAGGGAAAGUCAGUCUGCAGUCACCGCUUUUGCAGCAAUUGAUGCAAUUGCGGGGCUCUGUUGGUAGCAGCGGUGGUGACUGGGAUGAUGAUCAGAAUGAUGGGAGCGACAUGUCAUUCGAUGCGCAGCAACAGCGUAUCCGGAUCUUGCAGCCGUGGAUAGCGGAGCUUGAACUCGAUAUCUUACCUUGGACUUCAGAAUCGAGGUUGACUCGAUUUAAUGCCGCGCUGAAGAAGCACAAUAAUCGGGAUUCUAGAGGGGGGCCGAGGGGUGCACGCCAUGCGAAGAAAACUCUUGUGAAUGCGAAUGAUGAGGAGGAUGAUCCGUUUCGCAAAUGUCUCUGGCUGAUCAUCCGGGAGACCAAUGCUCAGAGUGAGUCUAGCAAGUAG